AUGGCCAACGACAAUAAUGUUCUUAUCGGCAUUAUCGGUGGAAGUGGGUUGUACCACCUCGACAACUUGACUCAAAUCACGACCGUAAAUCCAGAAACUCCUUGGGGCUUCCCCAGCUCUUCCAUAACAAUCGCUGCCCUCCCCUCCGGCACGCGGGUCGCCUUCCUAGCCCGACACGGCCAAGGACACGUCAUCCCCCCCUCCUCCGUCCCAGGGCGCGCCAACAUCGCUGCCCUAAAAUCCCUCGGCGUCCGCGCCAUCAUCGCCUUCUCCGCCGUAGGCUCUCUCCGCGAAGAGAUCUCCCCAGGGUCUUUCGUCCUACCUACCCAGAUCAUCGACCGUACCAAGGGCAUACGGCCCGCUUCCUUCUUUGAGGGUACUAGCAUCGUUGCACAUGCGAUGUUUGGAGACCCGUUUAGUGGGAAAUUGGUCAAGUGGUUGGAGGAACGGGUGAGGAAGGCGUUGGAUGCUGAGGGGAAGGGGGCGAAGUUGUUCACGGGAAAGUGUAUUGUGUGUAUGGAGGGCCCGCAAUUCUCGACUAGGGCGGAGAGUUUGAUGUACAGGCAGUGGGGAGGGGAUUUGAUCAAUAUGAGCGUGUUGCCUGAGGCGAAGUUGGCGAGGGAGGCGGAGUUGAGUUACGCACUCAUUGCAACUGCGACGGACUACGACUCAUGGCGGGACCAAUCCGAGUCAGUCACUGCUGCAGAUGUGUUCAAAACACUCAAAGGCAAUGCUGAGACAUCGCGUCUCGUCGCUGCCACGAUUCUGGACGACCUACAGAGUGCGUUGACUGGCGAGGACGCACAUGUCUUCUUGGAAGAGAUUGGGUCCAUGCAGUUCAGUAUAAUGCCCAGGUCGGAGAAGCAAAACCCAGCUGACAGGGCGAAGCUUGCCUAUGUCCUUCCGGAGUAUUUCACUGGGGAGGGGAAGGAUGUGAGUUCGACUUAG